UCAAAUUAAAGCGUGAAACUGGAAAGCGGCUCAAAAUACGUUCAAAAUAAUAUACCGUAGUUUUUAGUUAAAAUAUAAUAUCACUCAAAUAUUCUUCGAAACUAAGGAAAAAUGGUUGAAUCUACAGAGCCAGUAAAAAUAAACAAAUGGGAUGGAGCAGCGGCAAAGAAUGCCAUUGAUGAUGCGAUAAGAGAGGUUCUAACUGGAGAUCUGAAAUGUAAGGAGAGCUUUGCCCUAAUUGAUGGAAGGCUAUUUCUUUGCGCACUGGCUGUGGGUGUAGCCCUGUAUGCAUUGCUAUGGGAUUAUUUGUAUCCUUUCCCACAAUCUAGGCUGGUUCUUAUCAUCUGUGUCUCUUCAUACUUCAUUCUGAUGAGCAUUUUAACUCUGUACACUACAUUUAAGGAAAAGGGAAUAUUUGUUGUUGCCAAGGAAAGGGUUGGCAACAACAUCCGAGUUUGGGAAGCCAGUUCCUAUGUGAAGAAGCACGACGACAAGUACAACUUGGUGAUUCUAAUGCGUGACUCUACCGGCAAGAGCCGUGAGGCGUCUAUCAACAAAUCGUUCGCCAAUUUCAUUGACACAAACGGCACAGUGGUACAGAGUGUUGUCGCGAAUGAAAUCACCAAACUCUACAACUCUCUCUCCUCAGAGAAAAAGGAAAAGUGAUCUCAUUGGCACUCUUGCACGCAUUUACUCUUCAUUGUAAUGUUUAGUGAAACUUUUCAGCAAACUUUUACUUGUAAUGACAAAUAAAGUAUAAAACAAUA